AUGCAGUUCCGCACUUCCCUCGUCGCCGCCGCCUCUCUUUUCGCGGCCGCCAACGCCCGCAUCUACGGCAUUGCCUUUCCCGAGACCGUGAAGGCAGGCGACCAAGUUAAUGCCAUUGUCGAGACCGAGAACUACAUCCAGUCCGUCCAAGAUAUCGCCAUCGCCUUCGGUAUUGCCCCUGAGGCUACCGCAUACCCUGGCACUCUCUCGACUGUGCUGGGUUCCUUCUACCUCGGCCCUGAAAAGUCCAACAUUCUCGAAAACAUCACCGAGACAGUCACCAUCCCCGCCGACCUUGUCGCUGGAAAGUACGUCGUAGCCGCUGGCCUUUACAGCUUGUACGGCGCCUCGUCCGGCCCGACUCUCACCAACUACAACGUCACCAUCACCGUCAGCAACUCUACCAGCCAGAACUAUGUCAGCAGCAGCAGGUUUUAA